CCAUCACCUCUCCCUCUCUCUCUGUCUCUCUCUGUCUCUCUCUCUCUCGUUCUCUGAAUCUGACGCACCAACUUUUCUGGCCAAUUACUAGACGGCAAUUGAAGAUUAUCAACAGUUUCUUCGAUCUCGAAGACGGAAUCUGACGCCGUACUCUUUCUUUUCAAUUACCAGAAGAGGGGAAAUCAUCAAAACCCUCUUCUCUCUCUCUCUCUUUGUUCGAACCUGACGCCUUCUGCUCUCCGGGCCGGAUUCUGACGCGGUUCAUCUCCGGCCACUUGAUCUGUUGAUGCUGUAACCCAGCUUCGGCGAUGGCGACCGAAGCACCGGCGACCUACACCUACAUGGGCUGUCCCUACACCGGCGGCGAUUCCUCAUCAACCGCCUUCAGCGACUGCAACAGCGACAGAUCCGGCGAGUUCUCCACCACCUCCGCGCAGAACCGCCGACUUUUCAUGUCUUCUGUUACCGAGAACUCCGACGAGCUCAUCUGUCAGCUCGUCUCCGAUCUCGAAUCCACCUGCAUCGAAUCCCAGCGCAAGGCUGCCCUCGAGCUCCGCCUACUCGCCAAGAACAAGACGGAAAACCGCCUGAAAAUUGCCCGCGCCGGCGCUGUGAAGCCGCUUAUCUCCCUCGUCCAGUCUUCCGAUCUCCAGCUUCAGGAGUACGGCGUCACGGCGAUCCUGAACAUCUCGAUCUGCGAGGAGAACAAGGAUCUGAUCGUCUCCUCCGGCGCGAUCAAGCCGUUAGUUAAAGCGCUGCGGUCGGGCACGCCGACAGCGAAGGAGAACGCGGCGAUCGCGCUGCUACGGCUAUCGGAGAUCGAGGAGAACAAGGGCGUGAUUGGACGGUCGGGAGCAAUACCGCCGCUGGUAGAUCUGCUAGAGAACGGUGGGGUCCGCGGAAAGAAGGACGCCGCCACGACGAUCUUCUCCCUCUGCUCCGUCAGAGAGAACAAAGUCAGGGCAAUCCAGGCCGGUAUUAUGAAACCGCUAGUGGAAUUGAUGGCGGAUUUCGGGUCGGGUAUGGUGGAUAAGGCGGCCUUUGUAGUGAGUAUUUUGGCGACGGUUUCGGAGGGGAAGAGCCGUUUGGUGGAAGAAGGCGGUAUUCCGGUGCUGGUGGAGAUAGUCGAGGUGGGAUCACAGCGGCAGAAGGAGAUUGCCGCGGCGAUUUUACUGCAGGUCUGUGAGGAGAGCGGUACGUAUCGGACGAUGGUCGCGAGGGAAGGAGCGAUACCGCCGUUGGUAUCGCUGUCGCAGUCCGGCACCUCUCGGGCGAAACAGAAGGCAGAGGCUCUAAUUGAUCUUCUACGGCAACCCAGAUCCGGGAACACUGCUGCGAGGCCUUCGGAUGUCUCAAAUUAGUGGGGACCACCUGGGGGAAUGAAAAAUCAACCACAAAAGAAAAAAAAAAAAAAACGAAAGGAGUAGUCGUUUUUACCACAUAUAAUUACAGACAGGAUAAAAUGUAAAUAAUGUAACAGAGGUUGUAAAUUCAGCGACAACGGAUUUCCAA